CAACCCAUAAAAGAAACUAACAAAAAGUGAACCAAAACCUCACUCUCACUCUCACUUCACUCACCCACUUAUCACAUUCCCACAAUGCACUCUCACUUCUUCUUCUUCUUCUUUCUUGUUCCAUUGCUCUGUCUUCUGCUGCUUUCAUUUCCACACACAGUUCACUGUCAGUGCAGUAAGAGACCCCCAGUUAUCUUCAACUUUGGUGACUCCAACUCGGACACGGGUGGACUCGCUGCCGGACUCGGCUUCCCCAUCAACUCUCCCAAUGGCCGUAUCUUCUUCCACAGAUCAACCGGUCGCUUCUCUGAUGGACGGCUCUUGAUCGACCUCCUCUGCCAGAGUUUGAAUACAAGUUUUGUGAGCCCAUAUUUAGACUCCUUAGGUGGGUCCAAGUUCACAAAUGGGGCAAACUUUGCUGUAGCGGGGUCCGCUACCCUCCCUAAAUUUGUUCCUUUUUCUUUGACCAUCCAGCUCAUGCAGUUCCUUCAUUACAAGGCUCGCACCCUUGAACUUGUUACUGCAGGUUCAGGAAAUUUGAUCAAUGAUGAGGGGUUCCGGAAUGCACUUUACAUGAUUGAUAUUGGGCAAAAUGAUCUUGCCGAUUCCUUUUCCAAGAAUCUAACUUACGUGCAAGUAGUAAAAAGAAUUCCAUCAAUCAUUACAGAAAUCAAGAAUGCGAUUAAGACCUUAUAUAAUCAAGGUGGCAGGAACUUUUGGAUACACAAUACUGGGCCAUUUGGUUGUCUCCCUCAAAAACUGUCAUUAGUGCAAAACAAGGAUUUGGAUCCAUAUGGGUGUAUUUCAUCUUACAAUUCUGCUGCAAGAGUAUUCAAUGAAGGACUACACCAUUUAUGUGUAGAGAUGAGAUCUGAACUCAAAGACGCUAAUGUUGUCUAUGUAGAUAUAUAUUCCAUCAAGUAUGAUCUCAUUGCCAAUGCCACCAAAUACGGUUUCUCAAGUCCACUGAUGGCAUGCUGUGGCUUUGGAGGUCCUCCAUACAAUUACAAUAUCAAGGUGACAUGUGGUAAUCCUGGCUCUCAGGCCUGUGAUGACGGUUCUAAAUUCAUAAGCUGGGAUGGGAUUCAUCACACUGAAGCCGCUAAUACCAUCAUAGCCUCGAAAGUACUUUCCACAGCUUAUUCUACACCACGUACCACAUUUGAUUUCUUUUGUCGCAGCUGACCAUUUAAGGAUCAUUAGCAUGCCAGCCUUGAAUUCCAUAAAUGUUGUUCUUUUCUUGUAAUGCUGCCACAACCACAUUGAUCUUUGUAGAAGUGAAGAUAUUGUUAAGAUAAGGAGGUUUUGUAAUUUGUACACAUGCCAAGCAAAAAGGUCAAUGGAAAUGAAAGAGUCACCUCCUUUAUGUAGCCCUUUUAUAAAGAAGUGCAUAAAAAUGGAACUGAAAGUUUUCCACCA